AUGCCCGACUCGGUGACUCUAUACACUUACUUCCGCUCAUCCUGCUCAGCACGCCUCCGCAUAGCGCUAUACCUGAAGGGAAUCCCAUUUAACCCGGUGUUCGUCAACUUGCUAAAAGAUGAACAAUCCUCACCCGCUCACCGAGAAAUCAACCCCUCCGGCACGGUCCCGGCACUCGUGAUCGAGCGCGACUCCGCAGCCUCAGUGACAAUCACGCAGUCUAUGGCAGCUCUCGAAUACCUCGACGAAGCUUUCCCAAACAAGGGACCUGCUCUUCUUCCCUCAGACCCAGAAGGUCGUGCUCUCGUCCGUACCCUGGCAGAAAUUAUCGGCUGCGACAUCCAGCCUGUGACAAACCUCAGGAUCCUCAAGCGGGUUGCUCCACUAGGCGCAGACCGGGCUGCUUGGUCGAAGGAUCUCAUUGAAGACGGACUACGCGCAUACGAGACCAUUGUUGCUCGCUCGGCCGGCAAGUUUAGCGUCGGAGACCAGAUUACCACUGCGGAUAUUUGCCUGAUUCCCGCCGCGUGGGGCGCCGAGAGGGUGGGUGUUGAUCUGGCCGCGUUUCCGGUGAUCAACAGGAUCGUGCAGAAUCUGGAGAAGGAAGAGGCGGUCCAGAAGGGACAUUGGCAGACGCAGCCCGAUACACCCGAGGAGCUUCGGGCGAAGAAGGAGUAA